AACACAGAUCGACUGAUUACCACUACUACUGCUGGAUGGGCCAGGUGCAGCAUCACUGCCACAGUCCACAGGAAGGAUAGCAGAGAGAAAUUUCCCAUAAGCCUUGUUUUACACACCUGACAACACCAAUGAGACGAGCUAAUUAUUAACGUCAGGUAAUAAACCGAGCCUUGACUGUUCAUUAUCCUGAAGUUACUUUCAAUAAACAAACCAUUGUUAAAACUGUGCUAUGUGUCAAGGGAUAACAGAAAGAUCAGAACUGAGCAAAGCCAGCCAAUGCCAGAAUCGCACCUUAUCAUCUGAUGUCAGUUUUCAGGUAGUUCAAGGGUUUUUUUUUCACAUGAAGUAUUAUAAAGAUUGUACGGGGAGUUCCACACAGCCAGAUCACGCUGCUUCAUUCUGACCACAGCAUAAGAUAUUGAAUCAGGACAUGCUCCUAAAAUUUUUCAGUUUUGCUGAGACUCCAAGAUUGUUGACAUAAUUUUCUGAAGAAAAGGAAGAAAGAGUGAAACUUCAAGUUUACCAGAGAACCAAGGACACUAUGGCUUCAUUGGAGCUUGAGAUUCUGGGAAUAUCACUGUGUGUUCUCGGCUGGAUCCUCAGCAUUUUGUGCUGCGCGCUUCCCAUGUGGAAGGUCUCCUCAUUCAUUGGAAGCAACAUCAUCACAGCUCAGAUUUACUGGAACGGCAUUUGGAUGAGCUGUGUUUUCCAAAGUACCGGACAGAUGCAGUGUAAAGUCUAUGACUCCAUGCUGGCUCUCCCAAAGGACCUGCAGGCGGCCCGAGCUCUGACCAUAGUGGCCAUUGUCCUUGGCCUGCUGGGUUUUCUGGUGUCCAUUAUGGGAGCUAAGUGCACCAACUGCAUCGAGGACAAGAUUGCCAAAGCCCGUGUGAUGAUUGUUUCUGGUGUCAUCUUCAUAAUCGCAGCCAUCACGCAACUUAUCCCUGUCUCCUGGUCAGCCAAUACCAUUGUUUAUGAGUUCUACAGUCCAGUUGUGCCUGAGGCCCAGAAGAUGGAGAUCGGUGCCUCACUGUACUUGGGCUGGGGUGCUGCAGUCAUGUUGCUGAUUGGAGGCUCAAUUUUGUGUUGCAGCUGUCCACCUUCAGAAAAGGAAAUAAAGUACAUUCCUGCGAGCCGCGUGGCUUAUUCCACUGUUAACCACUCAGUAGCUCCCAGCACUUACAGCAGGAAAGACUAUGUCUGAAGACAUCUCAGCAGCAUUAAAGUGCUUCGGGACAUUUUCUCUGCUGCCUUAGAGGGGAAAAUAUACAGCCAUGUGAGUUCAGGUGUCCCAAGCUGGUCAUGUUUUACCUGGAGCACUUUUAUACACCACAUAUCCCAGUACACGGACAUCUAAAGGACAUGCUGAAAUUAAUAUU